AGGCCAGGGGAGCUGCCCGGCACCGGCGUGCGUGGUCUGGGCUGGAUUUCAGCGCCACCGCGGUCGCGGGCUCGCGGUCCUCGUGGACGGGUCCAUAGGCCUAAGAGUGACCCCAAACUGCAGGAAGGGUUCCUUCCUCAGGGGCCCUGCCUCGCCCGGGGGAGCCCUGACCCCGGCAGAGUCACUGGCCACCCAGCCCCUGCCGCUGCGCUCCCUGACCACAGGCCGCUUAUGGUUAUUCCGCCUGGCGUGCAUGUUAAUGCGCAGGCACGAGGGCCCCCGCCCCUCCCAGGCCCGACACGCAGGUGCACGCCCCGGCCCGGGGUCGGGGGUCGGGGGCGGCAGUGUGGACGGAGCGCCUUCCUUCGGUGCACGCUGCUGGCCGGAGGGGUGUCGGGUGCAGACGCACUGACUCUGGGAGGGACAGACACACUUCCAGCCCGGACCAAGACGUGCUUGCCCUGUGUUCGUGGCCGCCCCAGAACGUGCACACACCCCGACUCUGGCCCUCCCGCGGCCUAGGCGCGCGUCGUGCUUUUUCCCCUCCCACCAGAGCCCAAGGUUGGCAGCUUCGAGCCCCUAAGUUAGGCCUUGUGGUUUACACCGUACUUCCUCCCAGCGCUGCCACCUCGGUCACCUCCAGCCCCACCCAGGCUGAGGCUUUGCACUCCUCCCUGCAGCGAGCUGAUAGCCGCCUGGCCUGGGACGAAUCCCUGGUUUCAUCAUGGACCCAGAGUGUUCCCAGCUCCUCCCGGCUCUCUGUGCUGUUCUGGUGGACCCCAGGCAGCCUGUGGCAGAUGACACCUGCUUGGAGAAGCUGCUAGACUGGUUUAAAACGGUAACUGAAGCAGGGUCCAGCGUGCUGCUGUUGCAGGAGAACCCGUGCCUGGUGGAGCUGCUGUCCCGCGUGCUGGUGUCGCAGGACCUGAGUCCUGGAACCCUCUCGUUCUCACUCCGCCUCGCCGGGAUAUUCGCGGCCCAGGAAAGCUGUUUCCAGUACCUUCAGGGGGAGCUGCUGCCCGGGCUCUUUGGGGAGCUGGGCCCGCGGGGCGGAACAGCCUGGACGGCGCCCGCGGUCCGCAGCGGCUGGACCCAGGGCCUGCGCUCCCUGGCACGGCACCCCAGCGCCCUGCACGUCCUGGCUGACCACGGCAUCCUGGACACCAUCUUCUCCCUGCAGGAAGAUUCCAGCCUGUUCGUGGCCUCGGCAGCCGGGCAGCUGCUGGCGCACAUCCUGGGCCUGUCCAUGCAAGGCCAUGCCCAGGGACACCCUGGUCCGCAGGCCUGCGACUGGCCGGCGUGUGCCCAGAGGAUCGUGGGCCACCUUGAAGAGGCCCUGCGCUCCCCUGCCACCCCGCGGGUUGCACGAGCCCUGAAUGCCCUGACCACCAUGUUCGGGCACUGCCACAGCCCUUGGACACAGGUCCUCUGGGUGCGGCUGAGUCCCCUCGUGGCCCGUCUGCUCGAGAAAGACCCCAUCCCCGCCGCACACCCGCUGGUGGACCUCCUCCUCAGUGUGGCCCGUUCUCCUGUGCUGAGUUCCGACUGUGGCCUGUGGGAGACGUUGGCACAGGCUCUGAGCCAUCUGAGCCCCACACAAGCCGGGCCUCUGGCUUUGGGGAUCCUGAAACUGCAGGACUGUCCACAGGCGCUGAGCACCCAGGCCUUUGCUGUCCUUCUCCAGCCCCUGGUCUGUGUCCUGAAAGCCACUGCCCAGGCCACCAGGCCCCCAGGCUUGCUGGGUGGGACCACGAGUGCCUCGGUGACAGUGGAUGCACUCCUGUCCUCCAGGCCGGCCUGUGUGGCUCUCCUGUGCCAGACCCUGGCCCACCUGGAGCUUCUGCAGCCCAUGCCCCAGCGCCCCUCGCCCUGGCCCCAGGCGCUUCUGCUUGGGGCUGCGGUGACCAUCCUGCAGUUGUGCAGGGGCUCGGCAGCCCCUGCCUCCGACGUGGGGGGCCGCCUCUGCGUGCUGCUAGCGGGGUGCGUCCGUGUCCAGCGAGCAGCCCUCGACUUCCUGGGGACGCUGUCUCAGGGGACAGGCCCACAAGAGUUGGUGACGCAGGUGUUGGCUGUUCUCCUGGCGUACCUUGAGAGCCCCGACUCCAGCCCCAUGGUGCUGAAGAAGGCCUUCCAGGCCACGCUCAGGUGGCUCCUGAGCUUGCCCAAGGCUCCUGGCUGCUGUGACCUGGACCCCAAACUUCAGCUCUUCCUCAGAGAGCUGCUGGCCGUGCUGCAGAAACGUCUGUGCAGCCCCUGCUGGGAGGUGAGGGACUCGGGCCUUGAGUUCCUGACGCAGGUGACCAGACACUGGGGAGGACAGGCCGGCUUCCAACAUGUGCUCCUGGCUUCUGAGGUGCCCGCGCUCGCCGAGCAGCUCCUGCGUGACCCUGAGCGCUAUGUCCGAGCCAGCGCCGUGACCGCCCUGGGGCAGCUCUCUGGCCACGGGCUGCAUGCCACCUCCGCCAGCCCCGGGCACCCGGGAGGCCAGCAGAGGAGCCCACUCCAGGACCUUCUGCACAUCCUCUCCACAGACUCAGAGGGCUUCCCCCGGAGGGCUGUCAUGCAGGUCUUCACCGAGUGGCUGAGGGACGGCCAUGCCGAAGUGGCUGAGGACAUGGAGCGGUUUGUGGCCAGGGUGCUCCAGGUGGCGAGCCGGGACCUGGACUGGGAGGUCCGGGCCCAGGGCCUCGAGCUGGCGCUGGUGUUCCUGGCUCAGACGCUGAGCCAGCCCAGCUCCUCUUGUCCCUAUGCUGUGGCCCCGCCUGAGGUGGUCCCACCCAGCCGGCUGGCGCAGGCCCUGCAGGCCCUCUGCCGAGUGCGGCUUUUUGAGUUUGCCUUUCGAGCCUUGUUUGACUGUGACCGACCUGUGGCCCAGAAGUCCUGCGAGCUCCUUCUCUUCCUGAGGGCCAAGGCUGGUCCCUGUGACGGUCUGCAGGAGGCGGGGGGCAGCCCUGACGUGGCCUCCGUGGAGGCCGCCCUGCAGAGGUGGCGGGUGGGCGAGCAGGACCAGCCCCUGGGGGACCUGGAGCCCGGGGCUGUGAUGGCCGUGCUGAGGUCCAUGGACCUGGACGGCCUCCGCGGCACACUGGCCGAGAGCAGUGACCACGUGGAGAAGAGCCCUCAGUCGCUUCUGCAGGACGUGCUGGCCUCCGUGGGCGUCCUGGGGGAGAACGAGGCCGACUGCUACUGAGGCGGCCCAGCGACCUCCCUGGGCCUCCUGCCUCUGCGCCUUGUCCCUUCCUCAGGUCCCUGGGGCUCCAGCUCGGCCUGGCUGCACAAGGGAUCCUCAGGGAAGCCGGGACCAGGUGACACCAGCAAGGUCAGAGUCACACGUUUUGAUGUAUUAUUAAAGUGGCUUAUUUUCUACUAAGGA